AUGAAGUUCACAACCCUCUUCACCCUCACCUCAGCCCUCACCAACGUCACCGCUGCGCCCAACCCGGCCCCCGUCUCCGAAACCACUCCCUCCAGCCACCCUCAUCAGUUAUUCAAGGGGCGGGAAUGCCCCAGCUACUACGCAUCCAAGGGUAGUUGCCACGGUACCUCCUGCCGCUGGGGGUUGGUUAACUACUAG